UCCGGUAUCUGUUCUACCAUUUGCACUUCAAAGAGUGAUUUAACCCUCACAUGGUUUUGGUGUGCCACUUUAAGCAUAGCAUAGCAACAAGAAGAUGUCCAGUCUUCGAAUGAUUCUGUUACCAAGAGGAAAUAAUAAAGAGUGAAGGAGUUGAACUACACAGUAACUGUGUUUCAACUCUCUGACAUGUUCACAAAAUGAGAAAUCUAGUUCCCAAACCCUCCGACAUAUUCACAAGAUGAAGCAUGAAAUGCCCAUGAGGAAUUGGUGCUUCGAUAAAAGGCUAAUGAAAGCUUGAGAUGGGUGAGACAAUGUGAAGUUACCAACAUUGGAUGGGCAGAGUAAGCUCUGGAGAUAGAAGUUUAAGCAAGAUUGAGAUGGACUUGUUUGAUGUGGCUGUUAAGACAAAGGAUUCAUGAAGAACCAAUUUACUCGUGGAAGGAACGAAAGAAAUGCGGUUUUUGAGGCUCAUCAGCUCGAGCGCUGCCUUUUCUCUUAGAAAAUCAUUCUAUAACAAGCAGUGGUUUUUACCAUUUACACAAGGGCCUUCUUCAUCUGCAGGGGAUGUGGAAAUGAGGGAAUUUGUUGAAUACAUAGAUUCGCUCAAGAACUAUGAAAAAUCAGGAGUGCCAAAAGGUGCAGGCACGGAUUCGGAUGAUGGGUUUGAUCUUGGUCGGAUGAGAAGGUUGAUGGGUCGUCUGGGAAAUCCUGAUUCGAGGUUCAAGGCUCUUCACAUUGCUGGGACGAAGGGGAAAGGAUCUACUGCAGCAUUUCUUGUGAACAUCUUAAAUGCAGAAGGAUAUGCUGUUGGUUGUUAUACUAGCCCACAUAUUCUGUCAAUCAGAGAACGUAUUUUGGUGGGAAAUCCGGCCAAGCCUGUGCCAGCAGAGAAACUAAAUUGCCUAUUCCACCAGAUAAAAGACAUUCUUGAUGAGUCAAUAGUACUUGAAAAUGGUAGGCUGAGUCAUUUUGAGGUUCUUACUGCUGUGGCAUUCAGACUCUUUGCCCAAGAGAAUGUUGAUAUGGCAGUUAUUGAGGCUGGGCUGGGAGGUGCUCGAGAUGCUACAAAUGUAAUUUCUAGCUCUGGACUCCUUGCAUCGGUCAUAACAACGAUAGGCGAGGAACAUAUGGAUGCUCUUGGAGGUUCUUUGGAAAGCAUAGCAAUGGCGAAAUCUGGGAUCAUUAAGCACAGCCGUCCAUUGGUGCUGGGGGGACCAUUUGUUCCACAAAUUGAGCGCAUUCUUCGCGAUAAAGCUUCAGUAAUGAAUUCGCCAGUGGUCUUAGCAUCCGGUGCUGGGAAUAGAAGUGUUAUAAAAAGCAUUUGCUUUGUUGAUAGUAGGCCUUGUCAGUUUUGUGAUGUUGUCUUCGAAGUUGAGAGGGACUUGCAGCUGUCCAGUAAUUUGUUGGAUGUAAAGAUGUCCAUGCUCGGGGAUCACCAGCUUCAGAAUGCAGUGACGGCCACAUGUGCUGCACUCUGCCUUCGUCACAUGGGAUGGACAAUAACUGAUCGAUCCAUAAGAGCAGGAUUGGAGUGUACCCAUUUGCUUGGAAGAAGCCAAUUUCUUACAUUUACGGAGGCUGAGGCACUGGGACUACCUGGAGCGGCAGUACUGCUGGAUGGAGCACACACCAAAGAAUCUGCUAGAGCUUUGGUCGAUACUAUCAAAAUGGCCUUUCCUGAUGCGCCGUUGGCCCUCGUUGUUGCGAUGGCUAGGGACAAAGACCAUGCAGCCUUUGCAAAAGAGUUCCUUUCAGGUGCGAGAUUAGAAGUUGUUGUCUUGACAGAGGUUAAUAUUGCUGGGGGUAUUGCUCGUACAACUCCCUCGACUUUGUUACGAGAUUGCUGGAUUCAAGAAUCUGAAAGAAUGGGCAUUGCAGUUCUUCACGAUAAAAUGCCUGAAUAUCAAGAAUCAUUCGGGGAUGGAUCGGAGUGCUCUUUGAUUGGGAUGGAAGAUAGAGUCAUAUUAACUGCCGCUGACAGUUCAUUGGCGGAUGCGCUGCAUGCUGCAAAUAGAAUUCUGAAGAGAAAAGCCAGAAAGGGACCGGCUCUUCAUGUAGUUACUGGAUCUCUACACAUGGUUACAUCAGUGUUGCUUUCUCUUCGUGGUUGAGUCGUUCUUUUUAUGAGCUUUUUAUCUGUUAUUUUUGUGUAUCACUAAUUGGAUAUAUGUUGCCACUGGAAGUUGCUUAAUUUUAUUCCAUCAUGGUCUUUGAGAGUAUGCUUUUAAUUUUCUAACUCAAAGGACUGGUCGAUGCAUAUAUUUUCCC